UCUCUGCUGCAUUGCAGUGGAGAAAGAGAGAGAGACACAGAGCGAUAGCUGCCUGAGGGGGUGGGGACAGCAUCUCAAAGCUGUCUCUCUGUCUUACACAGACACACCGCUCCUUGCAGGGACAUACAAAGAGCUCCGUUCAGCAGUCCAAGGCAGAGCGGAACAUUUUCCGGAAAAAGUUCAAAGAUGCUGGACCUCCUGAACAGCCAGUUUGACUCCUUUCUUUUCUGGAGGACCCCCAUCCCCAUGGUGGACAUCUCGGAGAUUGAGGUGCUGGGUCUCGAUGUGCCCAAGUCUGGCGCUGGGCUACAGACCUCUGUGGGCACACCUCGCAAUUCACAGGACACGGAGGAGGAGGACGACGGAACGCUGGCCCAGUACAAUACCUUCAAUUUCUGGCGAGAUCCCAUUGCGAGUUUCAGCGGCCUCGACUUGGAACUGCUCUGAGUUGGUUCUCCCACAAGCGUCGCAUUGAAUGAGCUGUUAAUGUAUUGUUCAUAACCCAUAAAGUUUUACCAUUUAUGUGUGAAA